CAGGCUUUUAAAUACAUUUGACGGUUGAACAAAUUUUCGUGUGUAGUUGAAGACUCUGUGUGCUUAAGAAAAUAUUUAUUUAAUAAAGUCAACACAGCGUUACCUGAUCUUGGAGCCUAUCGUGCUAAUAUCGAACUGAGUCGGAAUCUGCCACUUCGAGCAGUAGCCCGUUUUUAUAUUCAGUGUUUGUGUUUUAUGGAUUUUUAGUCAUAUAAAUUUAGUAAACAUGAUUGUACUAUUGCUGCUCUUCAUAUCGGCCAUUGCAUCGUGGGUGUUAUGGGUGGCCCAUACACGGCGGUACGAAAAAUCAACAGCUUCGCUGCCAUCAGUGCCUGGUGUGCCGCUGCUGGGGAAUGCGAUGCUCUUCCUUGGGAACACAGAAAAAAUUUUACAAAACUUGCAAAACCUCGCUGACAUGGCUUUCAAGCAAGGCAAGGGUGCAAUUAAAAUUUGGUUGGGACCCAAAUUAUAUGUCGCGCUUGCAAAUCCUGAAGACGUUCAAGUAGUUUUGGACAACUGCUUAGACAAGGACGUAGUGUACCGAUUCUUAAGACCAUGGUUGGGAUAUGGUUUAUUCGUUGCGCCUUUGGAACUAUGGAAAUCUCACAGGAAAGUGAUGAGAUCAGUGUUCAACAACAAAGUGGUGGAGGACUACCUGGGAGUGCUUGCGGCGCAAGCUGACGUGUUGGUCGAGAAAAUGGGCGCUAUGGUCGGGAAGGGAGACUUUGAUGUCCUGAAAUUUAUUACCGCAUGCACACUGGAUAUUGUGUUUGAAACUGCAAUGGGCGAGCGCAUGGAUGUUCAAGAGAAGCCCGACACCCCAUACCUGCGCGCACGCCACACUGUCAUGACCAUCCUCAACAUGCGCUUCUUCAAGGUCUGGUUACAGCCAGAUUUCCUCUUCAACCUCACCUCGUAUGCGAAGGAACAUAAUGAAAGCAUCAAGCUCACACACAAGUUUACAGAUGAGGUAGUUAAAAAGAAACGAAUGGAAUACGAAAAACACAAGCACAACACUAACACAGAGGGCAAAUUGAAAGCUGUGUUGGAUCUCCUGUUCGGAAGAGAGAUUGACUUCACUGACGAGCAGCUACGGGAACACAUUGAUUCUAUCACCAUCGCUGGCAAUGACACCACUGCCCUCACUAUCGCCUACACUCUGAUGCUGCUGGGCAUGAAUAAGGAUGCGCAAGAAAAAGUCAUUGAAGAGCAACGAUUAAUUUUCGGAGAUUCCAAACGAGGUGCUACAAAAGAAGACAUUCCACAAAUGACGUACCUAGAAAGAGUGAUAAAAGAAAGCAUGCGGCUAUACACAGUUGUGCCAAUCAUCGCUCGUAACGUCGACAAAGACGUUUAUCUUCCGGGGAGUGGCAUCACACUGCCGGCUGGCACAGGAACAGUCGUUGGUUCAUUUGCGAUGCACCGAUCCCCGGAGGUGUGGGGCCCGGACGCGGACAAAUUCGACCCGGACCGGUUCCUGCCCGAGCGCUCCGUCGAUCGCCACAAAGCGGCUUUUGUGCCCUUCAGUUAUGGGCCUAGAAAUUGUAUAGGACGCAAUUACGGGAUGUUGAUACUCAAGAGCGUCUUGUCCACUAUCAUCAGAUCAUACAAAAUCGACGCAGACGAUGUCGGGCCACUCAAGAUGGAACUGCUGCUGUUUCCCAUAAGAGGUCACCAAAUAAGGAUAACGAGGAGAGACGACUUUUAACACGUUCAGUUCUGACAACUCGACUAUCCGGUAUUUUAUGUUUUCGCUCCCAGGUGGGAUGACCCGAUAGUCGGGAUUUUGAUACAAAAUUAAGCUAUAUAUGACAAAAGGCAACACGCCACGUCUGCAGAUCCGAAAUCGGACACUGUUUUAACGAGCAAACUACCCUAUUAUUAUGUACCCGAAUCGACUGCAGGGAUCUUGGCGUGUAAUGUGUUAAAAUUGUGUAGUAUUAUCGUCAGUUGACAGCCACAACCACUUAGAAGUUCUGUAAUAGCGGAGUUUAGAGAGCUUAGAGUUUCCAAAUAUGUACGGUCGAAUUCACAAAAAUCUUUACAAGGUUCCAAAAGUAGGUAUUUGUCAGUAUUUUAGAAACAUGUAAGUCUAUUUUAAAAUAGGUAUUUCUAAAGAUUCUUGUGACAUAUUUGCUAGGUGGUUUUGGAUGUUAUAUGACGUACAAUCGUACAUUGAUUACCUUAAGUGAAUGCAUGAUUAUGAAUUUUUUAGAGUGCCUUUCGGGCUGUUAAGUGCCCCGACUGUCAAAAGAUAUUUUGUCAAAGAAAGGAACCUCUUGAUCUAGCACAUUCUAACAACUCGUGUGCUGUAAGUACAAGGUUCAACGGAUGAAUGGCGUUAGACUGGGUCGGAGAUGUUAUGUUAUGACUACCGGUAAAGUGGAUGAUAGUUUCCAUAUACCCGAACCCGGCCAGCGGCCCAUUUCUCGAAGCUACAAGUUACGGUUACAAGCGGUAGUCAAUGUUUAAUAGGACAAGUUGGAAAGAGACUUCCGCUUGUAACUUGUAACUUUCAGUUUUGAGAAAUGGGCCCCUUGUCUAACGUAGCGUGAGUCAUCCUUAAAAUCUACAUCAGUUAUAUCAGUAUUGAGCUAUGAUUAUAUAAAAUAUGAAUUACAAACACGGCGUAGACAUUGGCGAUUAUGUGAUAGUAUUAAAUCUGUGCAUUUUAGGUUAUUUGUUAGACAGCUUAACAUUCUUUUAAAACAUUAUAUAUUUAAUACAAUUAUUAAUUCAUCAUUCAUCAUAAAUGUAUAACAAUUUUUUAUUCAAUGUUUUCAAUCGUAUUUUACUAAGAAUCAAAAACAAACUUAUCAGGAAGUAAUUUUAUGCGCGAUUGAAUUUCCUACUGUAUGUUUACUAUGUUGAUGUUUUCUGACCAGGCAGGCAAGCAUGGUCGCGCGAUAUAUGAUAAAACAUCAAGCCAUCCCUAAGUCCCUAUCGCACUAUUUAUAAGUUCUAUUUGUAAGCACUUACAAAUAGUGCGAUAGGGACGGCCUGAUAUUUUAUCAUUUAUCGCACGACCAUAAUUGCCUGCCUGGUGAUAUAGUAUGCUGUGCGCCCCACGCGGAAGUUGAAUAUUGCUGACGAGAGUAAUGGCUACAGAUUGCCGUUUUUGCAAUAUUCUUACGCCCCAAGUUACACAUGUUUUUAAUCACACUUGCAAAUAAUAUCCAAAAAGUUAAAUAAGUCAAAUAAGGUACUUAGUAGAAAUUUCAUAACGCCCUAGGUACAUCGAAUUUUCUAUAACUCCUGCUCCGUCUGGGUGCAAUAACACAUUCAGUGUGCGAGUGAAACAAUUAUUAAUGCGCCAUUGAACUGUAAUGUUAUUAUCACACUCAAAUCCUUAGAUAAAAUAAAAUGUUAUAAUUUUUUUUGGGUAUGGGACUAACCCUUCACUGAGAGAAAAUACAACAAGUUUUUAGGUUAAAAUAGCGCCUACGUGCUCUUUGGUUCA